AUGACUCGUGUCAAGACUUUCUUCGAGAGCCGUAAGGCCACUGUCCUCGCCGGUGCUCUUCUUUUCGUCGUAGCUGUCUCGGCGACUGCUCCUGGGGCUGCUGUCAAGAGACAAGCGACAAAGACGGGCAUGAACUUUGAGUCUUUGACGGGUUGUCAUAUGCAUGGGCCUACCCAGUUCUGUAUGGCUGGUUCGGAUGAGUAUCAGAUCGUCGCAGAUUCGGAGGCCACAGCUACUCAAGAUCCUCCAUCUUCGUACACUGACUGCCACAAUCAUGGUUCAGACACAUACUGCAUGAACCCCAGUGGCGGAGAAGUCCAAGUCCUAGGCGAAAACGCCAGUCCGACCCAAACAGCCGCCAAAGAGACUGGCUCUGCAAAGGCCGAAGAGAUCACUGCCGUGUCCAACUGCCACAUGCACGAGGCAUCUCUGUACUGCAUGGGUCCUAGCUCUUCAGAGUACUACGUCCAGACCACCAUCACUAACACGGAGGAGUAUCCAGCUCAGCUCACCAGCUGCCACAGCCAUGGCGAAGAGACGUACUGCAUGUCGGACGAUGGUGAAGCGCCCAUCCUAGCCGCUGAGGACGUCGAGUCUGGAGAAGCAAGCCCCGACGAGGAACACUGCCAUUUCCACGCCGGUGUAGAACACUGCGUCGGCGGUAGCCACGGCUCAGAAGGUGGUUCACGAUCAUGCACCCGUACCGACAGAGACUAUAAGAUCGGCAUUCGAAUCGGCAUGCUCUUUGUCGUCCUUGUCGCUUCAUCCCUCGGUGUUUACGGUCCCAUCCUGCUGUCGCGCUUCACACCCGUACAAUCCAACAUCAUCCUCACUAUUCUCAAGCAAUUCGGUACUGGAGUUAUCAUCUCUACUGCCUUUGUCCACUUAUUCACCCACGCACAAAUGAUGUUUGGCAACGAAUGUCUCGGCGAACUCCUUUACGAAGCUACCACUGCCGCUAUCGUGAUGGCCGGCCUCUUCAUCUCCUUUUUAAUCGAGUUCAUUGUCCAUCGCGCCAUGCGAUGGCAGGCGAGCAAGAAAUCUGACACUGAGUCUACAUCGCUCUCUCCCAAGGCUGUGGAGAAGGCUGAGAUGGCCAACAUUAGUAUUAUGGAGGCUGGUAUCAUCUUCCACUCUCUCCUCAUUGGUAUCACCCUCGUUGUGGCUGGCGACUCCUUCUUCAUCACUUUGUCCAUCGUGAUCAUCUUCCACCAACUCUUCGAAGGUAUCGCCCUGGGCACAAGAAUCGCCUCUCUGGGCUACGGCCAAAUGCCUCUCGCUCUAGGCCACACUCACUCACACUCCCCCACUCCCUCGGUGGAACGAACCGGAACAUCCACUGUGCCUCUCUGGAAGAAGCUUGUUCUCGCUUCUGGUUUCGCAAUCAUCACACCUAUCGGAAUGGCUAUUGGCAUUGGCGUUCUCAACGUCUUCAACGGCAACGAUCCUUCUACACUCAUCGCCAUCGGUACUCUGGAUGCGUUCUCCGCUGGUAUCCUUGUUUGGGUCGGUCUCGUAGAGAUGUGGGCGCAGGAUUGGAUGAUGGGUGGUGAGCUCAGCGAUGCUGGUCCUGUGACUACUGCUCUCGCCAUGCUUGGUUUGAUCUGCGGUAUGGUCUUGAUGAGUCUGCUUGGAAAGUGGGCUUAG